GUUUAGGUGCUGCGAAGGAUUAUUGAAACACUGUUUCUCUGUGAUUCACAGUCUCACUUGACUGACUCAGAUGAGUUGGAAACAUGGUGCCAUUGUAGAAUUUUUAAUUACUGUCUGGUGCUUCUUUGUUUCUUGAGACAACUUGUUUUUCCUCGGUCUCUGAGUUUGGGAUUUUUUCCGGGGGCAGAUCCUCCACGCUGUGUUUGAGAAGAAACACUUUCACGGGACUGUUUGAGCCAACUGUUGCAUUCUCUGCAAGCUAAGAGGCUUGCAGAGGAAUUCCGCCAGGGAGAUUAAACGCUGUGUUGCUUUUAACACAAGCCACUUUUUUCAAGUGGACUACUUUAGACCCACGAUGUUGGGCAGGGUUACUUUAUGUUAGUUCCCACAGGGCUGCAGACAACAUUUUGACAUUUUUGUCCAUUCUUCUCUCGCAGUGGAUGUCUUCCUGUUGAUUCCUCUGUGGUAAUGGAGAACUCAUUCAACAAGAAACAAUCCCAGCACCUAGACAUUUCAGUAAUUCUUUCUUUGUUUUAAUUGUGCAUUCACACAAGUAGCAUGGACCUUGUGCUUUGUGUCGUUGCUGAGGCUCAUACAUUGCUGGCACGAUUUCAGCGUAUUAAUAGCAGGUUUUAAAAAAAGAGACAAUGCUGAUUUUCAUCUUGGUUCUUGAGCCAACACAAGGAAGCAAAAAGAAAAAUAGAUUCAAAGCUUCCUUCAUGGGCUUCAUAGUGUCUUUUCUGACGAUGUUCCAAAUCAGAGUUUCUGGCAUGUCAAGCUUGAGGUCAUUUUUUGCAGUUAUGAUUCAGUUGCUAUGAGUCCGGCUCAAGAGGUUUGAUAAUCUGGGUAUAUAUAGAUUGAGAUAGAAAGCAGAGUCACGUGACAAAAUGUAAAGGUUGGGGUCACUCUUCUAAGCUGCACAGCAGAUUUUCCUGGACAUACAUUCCAAAAAUUGUUCCGUGAACCUUUUAGUAAACAGCCAACACUCAGAAGGAUAUAGGAUAAAAGUUCUAACCAAACCACCGCUCAGCUGAAGUGUUGGCUGUCGGCAGCAAGAUAAGAGAAAAUGAACAAGUGAUGAUGAGUCAGUGAUUUGUUGGGGGGCCUGGGGGGGAGUUGCAGGGUUUUGCUCAUGGGCAAUGUCGACGGACCUGUUGCCCUUAGGAAACUUUCUCUUAGUGCUGGUCUCUCGCGCUCACACUUUCUGCUUCGGGCUGGUGCACGGAUAUCCGCUCCGUACGCAGACACCUGCCGGUCAUGCUCAGUUUGAAUUUGGUUGUCGGUUAUUUGUUUCUGAAUGGUGCAAUAGCUAGCUCGCUGUCUUCUGCAUAUAAGGCAUGAUUUGGUUCAACACACCACGUCACCGGCUCUCACACCACAGGCAUGUGACAGCCGACUUGAGGUAAACCUGUUUGCAAUGUAAGGCUAACCACAUAGUUUAUUCCGUUUGAUUAACUUACAUCUGAAAUCAACAGCAAAGAGGCGAUAAUGUGCCUCAUCUUUUCAACAAAGAAUCGUUGAUUGAUUAGCUCAAGUAGAGUGAAGUUAAGGUGUCUGAUGUGCACGUGAGAGGACAUUAAGGUUUCCGUUCCUGAGGCCAGAGGCUUCGUCGUUGACGUCCAUUAGACUUGAACCACAUUGGACAAUGUCGCUGUUUCAGCCAAAGUAUCACUAGGUGGGAUUGUAAAAGUGUAGCAGCAGGUAACAGAUUCGAUUGUUUGAGCCUGAGAGGAAGUUGAAGGCCAUCAGGCAUGCAGGCAAGCAGGCAGGGCGUGUCCCCUCGGAGUGGCGAGGGAGUGGACAGGUGUGAAGUAUGUGUUGAUGUACAGGGAGUCGUCACUCCCUCCUGCAUUCCAGCCCGGCUCCACUCAGCUCACACACACGCCGCACAGCCCCGAGCACCAGCAGGCUCGCAACAUCCCCUCCUGUCACCACACAGGGAAAGUUGGAGCCGUGGACAGAUUUGCAUCGCACCCGCAUGGUGUCGAAACCUCUCUGAGACUGGAUAGAGCUAGGUUGCCGGACAGUGACUCCUGGAUUCCUUUAGCAAGGUGGAUAUGGGAGGCAGAGAGGAGGUAGAGGUGAGCAGGCUCAGGUCCAACAUGCAGUUUCCACACACCAGGCUGAGCCGGUUGAGGCUCCGUCCUGUCCAGAGCCCACUGAGGGGCAAGCGCGUGAAGCCGUCCCUCUACAGGAAAAAAUCCAGAGACCCCAGCCCCACCGAGAUGAGCGUGGAGCCCUGGGCCAGCCCGCAGGACCAGGCAGCCGCUGAGCACGCACACAGCACGCACGCGCUCCCCGCCCAGGAUCAGGAGCAGCACCCCGACAAACUGUGCCUGGACUCUUUCUGGAGUGAGGUGGAGACCAUCCGCCAGGGGAGUGGCUACUCAGACCUCGACUGCACCAGGAGAGACUCCAGACAGUCAGAAGAAGGUGAACAGGAGGAGCAGUGGUUGGCCGAUGCUGGUUUGUCGACCCUCAUCGGUGAGGAAAGUGGCGAUGUGGACAACGUGGUGCUGAUGUCCACCCUGACCCGCACGCAGGCCGAGGCCGUCCAGCGUCGGCUGGAUUCCUACACACUGUCCCUCCGCAAGAGGAACAAGUCGGCGCCCCGCGACGUCCGCGACAUCUUCGACUCCCCCAUCACUCAGACCCUCAUGCCUGAGGCCCAGCCUAGUGACGACCUCGCCCAACACAGCAUGGCUUCGGUUGCCAAAACCCCACUGUCGGCCGUGACGCCGGAGCAUCAACGACGGGCUCCCAAAGAGGAAUUCUUCAUCACCGAAGUGGCUUACUGCGAACAGGCCGUCAUCUUCCUCAAACAGGCCAAACUGCCGCAGAACAGCAGUCAGCGCAGGAAAGAGGACGGCACCCUGCCUCGGGUGAUCUGCCCCAAGUGCCGUCUAGGAGUGACUCGAAUCCAAGACCUCUCCCACGCUGACAUGAAGAAGGUGCGUCAGUUGGCUCUCAUCGACAUGACGGCGCUGUGCGACCUCCUGGAGCUCGAGGUCAAAAGGCACAAAAGCGGCAAGAGGAAAAUCCCAGAGAGCCCUCUCUUCGGCGUGCAGCUGGCCACACUGCUGGAGAACGAUCAGAAAACGAAGCCCAACACCUCGACUCCUCUCUUCCUGCAGGCGUUGUUGUCGUUUUUGGAGAAGAGAGGAGUCGACUCCGAGGGGAUCCUGCGGGUUCCAGGGUCUCAGUCCAGAAUCAAGCUGCUGCAGCAGAACUUGGAGGCCAACUUCUACUCGGGGAAGGUGAGCUGGGAUGAGGUGAGUCCCAACGACGCUGCUGCGCUGCUGAAGAAGUUCAUCCGGGAGCUUCCCGCUCCGCUGCUCACCGCCGAGUAUCUCAACACCUUCAGUGCCGUCAGAGACAUCACGGAGCUGAAGCAGAAACUCCACAUGUUGAACCUGCUCAUCCUGCUGCUGCCUGAGCCCAACAGGAACACGCUGAAGGCCCUCCUCGAGUUCCUCAGUAAGGUGGUUUCCAGGGAGAAGAGGAACAGGAUGAACCUGUGGGCCGUGGCGACCAUCAUGGCUCCCAACCUCUUCCUCCACAAGGCCGUGCCCAGCAGACUGACGGAGGGGGCGGAGAAAGGACAUGCGGAGAAGGCAGCCGACGUUAUGAGGCUCCUCAUCCGCUACCAGGACCUGCUGUGGACGAUCCCCAACUUCCUCAUGAGCCAGGUGCGCAAGCUGAAUGAGAACAGUAACCGUCGUUACCAGUUCUACGAUCGUCGCAUCAAGAACCUGCUGAGGAAGAUCCACACAGACAGCCGAGAAAAACCUGAUAAAAACACCUCGGAGCCGUGCCGUACGGUGAAGAUCCAGGUCGGGGAUCUGGUGAGCAGCACCAUGGAGUUCCAGCUCAACAUCCACUCACGGACCGCAGACCUGCUCGCCCAGUUCCACCGCCAGUUCCUCCGCAGCCCCGAGAACGGAAAGGGCAAAAUGCGAAGAAACGGCUCUGUGGCGGCUCCAGACUGUGCCCUGUACGAAGUGGGAGGGAACAUCGGUGAGCACUGUCUGGAUCCCGACACACACCUGCUGGAUUUGUACAACAGUAACCCAGGAGGGGAGUGGGUCAUCAAACUGAAGCCCAACGCCAGCGGAGGACUGUGACACGGAGUCCGCGAACAAAAUGAAGGACGGACAGAUCCGGGAACGGGGGUCUCUGAAGAUGACAAUAGCGGAGCCUGAGAAAAAAAAUGGAACCCGUGCAGCCUCCUGUUCAACCUUUCUUUGAGCAACAUGCGAGAGAGGGAGACAGAUGGAGGAAGCAGACACAGAAAAAGAGAAAAAGGGAGAAUCUGCCAGGAGCGGAGUCUAAAAAAAAACAAAAAACGUCCAUGAUCAGAUGGAGCACGCACUUUCCCCUCCGUCUUCUCUCCCCCUCAACUCCAUCAUUUCUCUCCGGGGGCCGCGACGCCGAAAGCAAAAAAGCUGCCGACGUGACUCAUUACUUCCGACAGAGAACCUGCUGCACAGAGAAGGGAGGAGAGACCGUCGCUCCUCUCCAGCAAUUGUUCAGCCGUUGGAGAGCAGAUGGGGAUGCAGAGCACCUCUGGCUAUUGGGAGCCCUCGUCCCUCCUCCUCUUCUCGGGCCAGUCAGACGCCGGGUUUUUUUUUCUCCUGUGAGUCUCAUUCAUGAGAAACUAUGACAAUUUUAAACAAGUUGUUAUUUCAUAUAAGAGAAAAAGAGCAUUUAUCUUAAGACGGAUGUCUCAGUUGACUUUGGACUCAGCAUCUGUGACCACAUGAUUUUGCGAUCGGAACACUCACACAGACACGGCAGAUUUUUUUUGCCAGUUUCAGUCAGAUUUUAGUCGAGAUCUUUUUAAAAUAUGAGAAUGUGUAACUCUGUAAUGGUCUGAGUUGUUACUUCAGCAUUUUGUCCUGCACGUGUGGGCUUAUACAAAGCUGAUUAGAAACCCAGGUUCCUCUAAUCCUGAUUUCAAAGACCAGUUUGAAAAAGCUUACCGGAGAAAAAAACGACUGAAAAUCACACUGACGGCAAGUUGAGGCCGAUCUAGUUUAGAAUGUGCAGUUUGUAAACAGUUUGUAUCUUGUUUUAGAUGAAAACCGAAUGCUAGUGGAGCAGAGGCGAACCUGGAAAUGGAGCUGGGGACUUCGGCUCUUUGUAAACAAACAAUUACGGGCCGAUCAAUCGACUAAUCGACUGCUGGAUCUUCAUUACUUGCUCGUUCUCUCCCUCUCUCUCGCCGCCACGUCCGUUUUUUUCGCGGCUCAGACAUUUCCAUCACCAGGUAAACGAAGACGGAGGAUUUUUCUCCUCGGCGUCGGCUCCGUUCAGCGCCUGUGCCGUUCACAGAGGGAGAGACCCUGGUGAGCCGAUAUCCCCCCUUUAUCUGUGAAACCCUGCGAUCUCCUGGGCCUUAUGAAAAAGAAAUCCAUGGACUUCCAAGGACCCUUGACCUGUACAGAACAAUGCUCCAAGAGACUUCCUUUCUUCGUCUUUUUUGAUACCAGGGGAUAUGGUGUCACGACCUCGAGGACGGUGAUUGUAUCUCUAAAAAAAAAAAAGGGAGUUGUUAAGGACUCACGGUGAAGCUGGUCUUCAGUUGGCCUUUUUAAACACAUGAAUGGAGCCGGAAGUGCUGGAGUGAUUAUUAUUAUUUAUAUGAAUGUAUUACAAUUGUUGCAUCUGUAUCUGAUAAGUAUUCUCUAGGGUAGACAGAUUUUUAGGAUGUGGUCUUGUGUGAAGUCGCCCAUACUCAGUGUGGGAAUUUCCAGUGUUGUUGUACAUAUUUCAUUUUCUUUUUUUUUUUUGAUGGGCCUCUUCACAUCUGUUUCUCCUGAACAGUGCAGGAAGAUGAACUCGCUGUGUAAAUAUUUCUCAGCCGCGCACUGAAAUCGCCGCAGUCGGACGGUUUGUCGCGACCGCGUUGCCUGCACAAAGCCAGUAAGUUAUUUCCAAGCAGCAAAUGAAUGUGUGGAACAUUUUCUCCGUGUCCGUCGUCAGACGAGAAUCAUUUAGACCCCUCACAAAACCGGAGCCAUGUUGGUGCUUCCGCGGCCAUUUUGUGGAAGUGCCUCGCGCACUCCACUCGAUAGACAGAGUAAUGACAGCCCGGCCCGGGAACCGACAUCCAUCACCGCGCUCUGCUCCGUCUCUGUCACCUCCCCAUAAUGGACCAUAAUGGCAGCGUAGUGCUCGCAUCCGAAAAAAAGGCGCAGAGGAAUCACAUUUCUUUGAUAAAGGCGAAAGGUAAUAAAUGGCCAUUAUAGAUUCUGAUGCCCUGGACCUGACGACAGCAGCAGGAGCGUGCAUGCAUGCAUAUGUGUGUGUGUGUGUGUGUGUGUGUGUGUGUGUGUGUGUGUGUGUGUGUGUGUGUGUGUGUGUGUGUGUGUGUGUGUGUGUGUGUGUGUGUGUGUGUGUGUGUGUGUGUGUGUGUGUGUGUGUGUGUGUGUGUGUGUGUGUGCGCACGUGCGUGCGUGUGUGUGUGCGCACGUGUGUGAUGAGCUUCAUUACACAAGUCCAAUUGGCCUGUCCCAGGGUCCCGGGCACAGUUCAGUGCCUCGGCACAAAGCGAGCUGAUGAAACUGCCUUCUGCUGACAAUCAGGAGAAGUAGGUCACCUCUGAAGCAGCAUCCCAGAGGGCAAGCAGUGUGAGUCCACACACACACACACACCCUGGAGGAGCGGAGCACAUGGAUGCAUAUUGUCUAAACACACACAUGACACACACAUGGACAACCCCCCCCCCACCCCCUCGAAAAGGGGGGCAAAAGUUCACACUACAUCGGUUUUCUGUUGUUUGUGUUUGUAUAUAUGUGAUUGUGUUUGUGUGUGAGAGGGAAAGACAAAUCUUCCUUCGGGGUAAAUCUCUCCGAAACACUUUUAUCUAUAUGAUUACUCGAGACUAAACGAUGGACACUUAUGCGGACGCUUGUUCCCUUUAAUGAUCAAAGUGUACACGCAGAGCCUUUUAUUGUCUUCAUCAGCAUCCAACUUCUGUUGUGGGCGAAGACGUUAGUCUUCAGUCCGCAGACAUCCGAAUGUAUAUUUAUGCCCUUUACACAAGUCAUUGUUUUUUAAUAGGUGUGUGUGUGUGUGUGUGUGUGUGUGUGUGCGUGUGUGAAAAUACUUUAGAUUUUUCUGUAGGAGGAAAAAAACUUUUGAAAAAAUGUCCCUUUUUCUAUAUCAAUAAAUGUGAAUCUGAUGUUGUGCUAAA